AUUUGAUCUUUUGUUAUAACAUCCUGAUCAAUUCGCCCGAUAAUCAGUACCAGAAGCGUUGAUGUGAACAUAUCAUUUUUUUUAAAAUGGGAUAUCUGUGCCGCCCUGUUAGUACUUUAGUGGGUUUUUAUUUGUGCUUCUUACCUUUUGUUUUGAGUGCAAAUGUACACAGUUUUAAUAAUAACCUCGUGAGUUCUAACUCGGUGAUUGAUUUUUCCAAAGUUUAUAAUGGUGUAAAUAUAACUGAUUUGAAAAAAACCAUUUUUAAUACCAGCCUAAACUUUACGGAUGAAGUAUUUAAAUUUCUAAAAUCGUCUGACGAUUUAACACCUACUCAAUCCGUGGGCUCUGCGUGCAUUGCUCAGUUAUGGGCUUUAAUUGAUGAAGAAAAUUGGGAUUUGCUAUCACAAAUGACAGACGCAUGGUCCAAAUUUCCAUACUCAGGACUACUAAAAGCAUCAAGAUCUGAUUUCGGUGAUUAUGAUCAAUGCUUUGCGAUAAAACGUCACACAACAGAUGCUGGUAAAAUUUUGGGAAAGCAAUGUACAUACGGUUUUAUUAUUCCUGAUAUUUCGCAGCCCAAUUCAUCAGCCAUGAUAGAGCAAGCGUGGAGACUGUCGUACUGCGCUCCACAUCUUUGUUCUGCCUACGAUAUUGGUAACAUUACACAGCUUCCAAUUUUUAAUGAUAUCGUUUGCAGCCAUCAGGAAUCCCGAGAAGAUUUAGAUGCUGGAGCUAUAGUUAGUAUAACAAUAUUUGCAAUAUUCGGAGUGCUCAUAAUAUUGUCUACACUUUAUGACUCAUUUGUGUAUAAAUCUGAUAGCUUGCUGGCCAAUAAAUUCAUCUUAACAGCAUUUUCAAUAAGAGCAAACGGAAAAAGUCUUCUAUCUUAUGUCAAGAAAUCAAAUGAGCAAAUAUUAUGCUUCCACGGGUUGAAGUUUAUAAGCAUGUGGUGGAUUUUGGCCGGACAUAAUGGGGUUUCAUGGCAAUUUUAUUCAAAUUAUGAUGCCGCCGCCGCUGCUAAGUGGCAAGAGAGCUAUUCAGCAUUCUACCUGAUGACGGCUCACUUGGCUGUGGAUACAUUUUUCUUUAUAUCAGGAUUUCUUUUAUCCUACUUGUAUUUUAAGAACAGUAUAAGCAAAAAGUCAUUUGGUACUCAAGCCAUGGCCGUGCCCAUGAUGGUACUCCAUAGGUAUUUGAGAUUGACUCCAUCGGUAUUAAUGACUUACCUUUUUUAUACAUUCAUACUGCCGUAUAUUGGGGAUGCUCCAUUUUAUCAAUAUGAAGCUAAGACUCUAACUGACCCGUGCAAAGAAUAUUGGUUUUCCAUAUUUACCUAUAUACAAAAUUAUUACAACAAAGACAAUUUGUGCUUGACAACAUUAUGGUACGUCUCCGCAGAUAUGCAACUUUUCCUAGUUUCACCACUAAUCAUUAUUCCGGUUGCUCUAUUGAACAGCAGAUCCUAUAAAACAGCUAUGGCAGCAUUAUUUUCGGUCAACGUCAUAUUUGUUGUAUUACCAAUAUUAACCAAGCUCGUUUGGAGAGACUAUGAUCCAAAUUUUGACGAAUUUGAUGCUCACGCCAGACUAACAGAUUAUUUCAUAGGAGUAAUGAUGGGCCUGUUUAUUCGUCAGAAUAAAGAAACCCCAUUUAAACUAAGCAAGAAUUUAAACUCUCUUUUAUGGAUACUUACUAUUGCAGUAAUGUUUGCUUGCACAUUUGUUACCCAAGUAAUAAAUAUUGAAUGUGGAUAUGUAGCUAAAGCACUUACUUAUAGCAUUACAAGACCUGCAUGGUGUUUAGGACUUUGUUGGAUAACAUACUCCUCUUUUAAAGGACAUGGUGGUUUAAUACACAAACUCCUCUCAAAUAGAAUAAUGCAAUUGGGAGGAAAGCUUACCUUUUGUAUUUAUUUGGUGCACGGACCUUUAAUUAGCUACUUUACCCUUAACGUGAGAACGAGGCGAAUGUUUACUGAUCUUCAUAUGUUUUAUGACUGGGCUGGGCAUAUGGUUCUAUCAUUGGUCUUCGCUACAAUCUGGGCCUUAUCGUUUGAGUUCCCGAUGGUAACUGUGGAAAAAUACAUAUUUGGAGGAAAGAAGAAAACAGAAAAACCAAAGCCGAAAGAAGCAAGUGCGAUACAAUAAGGUCAAUUAUUUAUGUAAAAUUUUGUUAUUUUGUGAAUUUAUCUGUAGUAAGUGAGUCGAAUCUUAUCCUAAAAAAAUACUCUAGUUGUGAAUAAAAUGUGUUUUUUUAAAUGUAA